ACCGUCCCUCCCCCACCUCAGGGGUAGAUUUUGACAACGAUAUUCCGAUUAAAAUAUUCGUGCGCAGUUUACAGUAAGCGCCAAAUUUUGACACACUUCGGGGAAAAAACGAAAACAUUUCCCAGAGAUGUCAAAAUUUAAGUUAAUAGGGCCCUCUGGAAGAUGCUGCUUAAGAAAGACCAGCCCAUAUGCUACCCUGUUGUUGGACAUAUCUUCUGGUUUGACAGGGGAAGACAUAAGCAAUUUUAAACUCGUAAUUCAAGCAGAUAAAAGGGCCACAAGGAGACAGAUGUAUCAGUUGAAGCAUGGAGCUGAUGUGCUAGCCUUCCUUGAUGACAGAAAGAUGAUCACAAACACAUGCACUGAUUUUCUGCAACACUUAUUGAUAAAGAUUGGAAGAAAAGACCUGGAAAGGAGGGUACAGAAGUACAAUGAUGAUAGACGGAAGACACAUUAUGAUGAAGAGAACACUGUAAGGAAGCAAGUAUUUACCCAGUUGAAAUCAACAUGCAGUGACCAGCUGCAAAAAGAGAUGAAAUGGUUGUCAAUACAGACUGCAGUGAAAGAAGUUUAUGACAGUACAACAAGGUCAAUACCAGAUGGUGCAUCCAGAAGUUCGAGCCUGGUAGAGUCAUCCACUAUACAUGCUUGCCAGGAUAAUACAGAACUGUCAUUGAGUCAAACAUUGAGUUCCUCACCUAUGUCUGUGGACAGCAGUCAGGAAAACAGAAGUCAGGGUAACAGUAGCCAGGGUAACUGUACCGACGAGGAGAAGAUUGGACAGCUGAGUGACAAGGUCUGGCUGUAUGAAACUGAAACUGAUGCAGUGAUGGCUUCACAAUAAUUAGCCAUCAUAUCCUCUACUUGCCCCAUUGAAUCAUUCUUUCAUAUUGUGUAAAAUAAUGUUAUUGCAAGUUUGUUUGUCCAACAGUUAGAUGUUUGUGU